AAUGAGCAGUCUUGUAUUUUAUGUGAAAUAUCUCAUACAUUUUUAAUAUUACUAAUGCCCCAUUGUUUAAUUUCUUUCAUCCAGGUAGAGCCAGGUCAAAUGGAUAAAAACCAAACAGAAGCAGUGAGAGAAUUUGUCCUGGCAGGCUUCUCACAGACACCGUCCAUUGAGGCAGGGCUAUUUGUACUGUUUCUUUUUUUCUAUGUGUCCACUUGGGUUGGCAAUGUCCUCAUCAUGGUCACAGUGGCCUCUAAUAACUACUUGAAUACAUCACCCAUGUAUUUCCUGCUUGGCAACCUCUCAUUUCUGGACCUAUGUUAUUCUACAGUAACUACCCCCAAGCUUCUAGCUGACUUUCUUGAUAAAGAAAAACUUAUUUCCUAUGACCAAUGUAUUGUGCAGCUUUUUUUCCUGCACCUUGUAGGGGCAGCUGAGAUGUUCCUGCUCACAGUGAUGGCCUAUGAUCGCUAUGUUGCAAUCUGUCGCCCCCUGCACUAUACCACUGUCAUGAGCCGGGGAUUAUGUUGUGUGUUGGUAGCUGCCUCCUGGAUGGGAGGAUUUGUGCACUCCACCGUCCAGACUAUUCUCACUAUCCGUCUGCCCUUUUGUGGGCCAAACCAGGUAGACAACUUCUUUUGCGAUGUUCCCCCUGUCAUCAAACUUGCCUGUGCAGACACCUUUGUCAUUGAAUUGCUCAUGGUAUCUAACAGUGGGUUGAUCUCUACCAGCUCCUUUGUUGUGCUGGUUUCUUCCUACACCACUAUCCUGCUCAAGAUUCGCUCCAAGGAGGGAAGGCUAAAGGCGCUCUCCACCUGUGCCUCCCACCUCAUGGUGGUAACACUCUUUUUCGGACCCUGUAUUUUCAUCUAUGCUCGUCCCUUCUCUGUUUUUUCUGUGGACAAGAUGGUGUCUGUACUCUACAAUGUCAUUACUCCCAUGUUAAACCCCCUCAUCUACACACUUCGGAACAAAGAGGUCAAGUCAGCCAUAUGGAAGUUGUGGGACAGGAUCGGACUGCCUUGGAAAAAGCAGGAGACGUGAGACAUUGAAGUACGUUUUUGAGAGCAGAUACUCCUAGGUUAAACUAAUUCCUUUUUUUGAAUGAUGAGUUAGGAGGUAGUGGCCUAG